AUGUCUAACACAAGUGAAAAUGUUAUUGGACUGAGUAAGGAUCUGCCAUCUUUGACAAUUACCCGUGAUAGUUAUCCCAAGUAUCAUACCAGAACUAGCGCUAGCGAAUUACCACAACUUCCACAGUAUCUGCCAUCAACUGAUGAAAUCGAUGAAGUAGAUAAUGGAGAUGCCACUCAACAAUACGUUGAAUUUAAUUUAAAAGAGGAAAUUGAGAGGGAGUCUAAACAACCAGAACUUGAGGAAAAGCAAACAGAAGUAAAGAAUGUUGAAGAAACUGAAGAUGAUUUUUUCACAAACACCAAUUCUAAUUGGAAAGAGAUGAAAACUAUAUCUGAUCUUGAUUUUUACAAUGAUAAAGGAGAACUUCAGCACAAAUCUAAAACUGGAAAAGAUUUUACCAAAGAUAAUAAUCUUCAUUUUGGAUACACCAAGAUUGAUACAGAGGAACAAGUCAACAAAUACGCGGCAUUGGAUAAGAAAACCGAAUUUUUAUUUAAAGGUAAUACAAAAUCGUAUGCUAAUAAGAAUGUUAUAUUUAAUGCUGAUGAUCAUGAUUCAGAUUCGGAUUAUGACAAUGAUGAUGAGUUAGAUUCUGGUGAGACUCUAGCUGAUACCAAGAAAAUGCUCUCCGAAUCCCAAAAAUUUGCAUAUGUUGGAAUCACAAAAUUGUUGACGGUUGAUAUGGCAACAAAUUUAGCUAAAGUUCAAUUUGGAACGAACGGUAGGAUAGCAAAACAAUUGAGUAAUAGUCAAAAGAAUUUUUCAAAUUGGACAAUGUAUGUUUUAUCAAAAUUGUAUGAGCAUUUGGAUGUUAAAGGAGAAGAAAAAGCAAUGAUUGAGAAUUUAAGUAAACAUGGUGUAGAGCUAAAAGAUUUGUCAAAAAGUUUAAAAGAAGUUGAACUUAAAAAGCUUUCUUUCAUAAAUGAUGAAUUUGAUUUGAGAUGGGUCAUUAUUUGUGAUAUGUUUCUUCUUUUGUUAAGUGAUGGUUACUAUGAUGCUAGAUCCAGGUCAUUAUUAAUGAAUUUUGCAGAAACCAUUGACAUUUCAAAGUUGGAAAUAUUACAAUUUGAAAGGCGAUUAAUGGAAUGUUUAGAUAUGGAGACAAGAGAAAAAUCUAUUGAAAAUAAAGAUGAAUAUUUGAAUGAUCAAUCAUUUAUAAAGCAGCAAAUCAAGAAGAAUAAAAAUAAAAGAUUGGCUAUGAUUGGUUUAGCCACACUUGGAGGUGGGUUAGCAAUUGGUUUAUCAGCUGGAUUGUUGGCUCCGGUAAUUGGAGCUGGUAUUGCAGCAGGUCUCACCACUGUUGGUAUAACUGGUACGAGUGGAUUUUUAGCAGGUGUUGGUGGUAGUGCUUUGAUAACGACAGGUGGUGUAGCUAUAGGUGCCAAAGUUGGUAAUAAAGCGGGAGCAAGAAGACUGGGUGAUGUUCAUACUUUUGAAUUUAAACCAUUACAUAAUAAUAAAAGAUCAAAUUUAAUCGUGACGGUGAGUGGAUGGAUGAAUGGUGCUAUGGAUGAUGUAAGACUUCCAUUCUCAACGGUAGAUCCAGUGAUGGGAGAUAUGUUUUCAUUAUUAUGGGAACCAGAAAUGUUACAGUCUAUGGGUCAAACAAUAGGAAUUUUAGCAAGUGAAGCUUUAAGUACUUCCAUUCAACAAAUUUUAGGAGCAACGAUUUUAGGAGCUUUGAUGUCAGCAAUUCAAUUACCAAUGGCUUUGUCUAAAUUAUCAUAUUUGUUAGAUAAUCCGUGGAAUGUUUCCUUAGAUAGAGCAUGGAAAGCUGGUAAACUUUUAGCUGACACAAUUCUAUCUGGUAAUUUAGGGGUACGACCAAUCACAUUAGUUGGGUUCUCAUUAGGCGCUAGAUUGAUCUAUUCAUGUUUAAUCGACCUAGCUAGGCGAGGUGGAUAUGGUUUGAUUGAGAAUGUGAUUUUACUAGGUUCACCAAUCUCUAUAAAUACAGAUCAAUUAGCUCAAGCACGAUCUGUUGUUAGUGGACGUUUCAUCAAUGGAUUUUCAAAAAAAGAUUGGAUUUUGGGCUAUUUAUUCAGAGCCACUGGUGGUGGGAUUUCAACUGUAGCUGGAUUAUCAGCUUUGAAAACUGUUUACGGUAUUGAGAAUAUUGAUUGUACUGAAUUUGUGGAAGGUCAUAUGUCUUAUAGAAAAGCUAUUCCUAAAAUCUUAAAAACAAUGGAUUGGGAAGUAUUAAGUGAAGAGUUUGCUGAAAUUGAAGAACCUGAUCCAGAACAAAAUGAAAGACAAAGACAAUUAAUUAAUGAAUUUGAUGAAGCUAGAGCUAAAAUGGAUGAUAAACCUGCGGAAGAACCAAAAGGAUGGAAAAAAUGGUUUCAACCUAAGAAAAAAGAUUGGUGGGAUAUUUAUGAGGAUAAAGAUGAUAAAGGAAAAGUUAUUGAAGAGUAUGAUGAAGCUGCUCCAGUAUUUGAUGUAGAUGCUUUAACAAAAGAAGUUAAUGAGAUUGAAAUGAAUAAAUAA